GAACUUGACAAGGUGCGACAAGCUAUGCCAAACGUCGAAAAAGAGCUGCAGAACGCAAUGUCGGAAAUGACGAACAAACGUCGAGAAGAGGCACAAUGCGCCGAAAAUGUUCGGCACUAUAUGGCACAGUUCGAACAGAAGCGACAAACAGUGGAAGCAUCUCGAAGCCAAAAUAAUGUCAUGAGACGUUUAAUGGCGGAAAAAUCGUCUGGAAAUAUACCAGGAAUAUACGGACGCCUUGGUGAUUUGGGAGCUAUUGACGAGAAAUAUGAUGUGGCGAUUUCAACCACCUGUAAACCACUGGAUUACAUUGUCGUUGAUACCGUUGAUACAGCACAAAUGUGUGUGGAAUUCUUGAGACGCGAAAAUUUGGGUAUCGCUUCGUUCCUGGUACUUGACAAGCAGGAAAAGCUUCUUCCUUACAUGAAAAAACCCUCAUCAACGCCCGAGAAUGCUCCUCGACUGUUUGACUUGAUUCGUGUGACCGACCCAGCGGUACUGCCAGCAUUUUAUUUUGCACUACGCGAUACACUGAUAGUGGACGAUAUCACUACCGCCACACGUAUUGGUAUCGGAGGCAGGCAGCGUUACAGAGUUGUUACGUUGAAAGGCGAAGUUGUUGAAACAAGUGGCUCAAUGACCGGUGGUGGAAGAUCGGAACGAAGGUACUCUCCAUUCAAGAGGAUUCUGUUUUGCUUAGUUCUCAUUUUACGCCUGGAUUUUUCGUAG